AUGAGCGAAACAGGGAGUCUACUGGACGGGGUUCAACUAGCGGAGACUCUUGGAACAGCUGGAGUAAGAAGUCCCCAAGUGAGCGUAUUAUGGGGGACCGUCAAGCACAUCCGGCAAGGAUCAAGGAGGAUCUCGUUGUUGCAUAGCUCAGGUCGGAGCAACGCGCCAUCGGACGUUCAACAGGCAGUCUCACGAUCGGGCAUGAGUGUCCGGAAGUUGUCAUUGUAUACUCCCGCGGGUCGGAAGGCGGCGGGGGAAGGAGGAGGACACUGGGCGGGAUCUAUCAGCAGCGAAUUCCCCAUACAGAUAGAGGCGCCUAUCAAAAAGAUACUCCGAAGGCUUCGGGAUCGAGGUAUCAUUAGCCGAAGAAGAUCUUGGCCAAACUACAUGCCAUGA